GAGACUAAUGCCUAUUCCAGCUAUCUCACGAACAUUGAUUGUUGGAGUAUCCUCGCUCUCGUGAAGACCGCCCCUGUAUCCCAGGCUAGACUCCUUGGUGACUUUUUCCACAAGCACUUAUGUUCUAGAACUUCGAUCGGGGUCGCAUUCACGGUACGUUCUAGCUAUUUCCGUCUGCAGACAUCUUCCUGUGUGCUAACAAGUCCUCCUUGUCUACCAUUACAUAGUAAGUAUCUAAUCGAUAGCUUGGAAAAAACAAUGAUGGGGUCCAGGGAUAUUCUUCAAGAUCUUCUAAGCGAUCUGCACGGAUUAGUGAAGAUUGGAGCGUCUUUCAUGUCAACGGAGGUUAACUCCUUUCUCAAUAAUGACGGGCAACCGGGACAAGCCGCAGAGUGCUACCCAUAUCUCACGGAGAUCCGUGGGAGGUUUAAUGAGCUUGGCCAGCUUAUCUUUCGACUGGGAAAAUACCAGGGGAGAUGCAGCUUCUUUAUACGGCAUUGUGAAUCUUCUAGGAGAAGUUUGAGAAAUGACCAACCUCUUGCAGUCAGACCUAGAGAUGGAGACGAGGUUCGAGUACUUGCAUUCAGCACAUUUCUGACGCAGGCUUUCCCACAAACCACUGCACUUUUCAGCGCAGACGGGAUUAUCGCAUUCACAAGGAAUUGGCAAUCAUUUCUGCUAUCGCUUCUUGUCGCCUAUGGUAUCAAUAUCACAAUUGUAGCCGCUCUUAUCGUCUGGCUCCAAAGGGCGGGUCGGAGGGUACAGAAUGCGUUGGAUGCAGGUCCAGGGCUGCCAGUCGUGCAGCCUACGCAGAACUCGAGCGACUCUUCUGCUGUCGCGCUGCGACCAACUGGUGAGGCCGUGGCUCAAGGCUUUGCCACAGACACAUCUUCAACGAAUUCCAAUGGAGGUGGUCUAACGUUUCAUUUUCGACGUCGAUUAUCAGAUAGAUUCUGGCUGACCUACAGGCAACCUGAGAGAGCGGAUGAUGCAGAGCUUGGGAACAGGAACACUCCAAUUGUUGAGGAACUGGCAUGA